GUACAUCGCCGCGCGAACGUACGACAACUUUCUGGGGCCUCCUCGCUAUACGUUUUCCGUGUCCCGACAAACCGUUUUUGCGUGCAUUUUCCGCACACGUUUUCCCAAUUUUCGGCCACUUCUUCGUCCUGUGGAUCGUGCGAUUUUUUAACUAAUUUUCUGGAUUUUUGGUUGGUUGUUGUGGAUUGUUUUGCCGAUUGGUUUUGUUGUUGGUGUGUUUUGAAAGUUGCGCGUCGCGCGACGCCGGAGGAGAGAGCUGAAGUUGAUGAGAGAUAUUGAAUCGACCCCGGCCAAGUGGAGUGCAGCCAACGGAACGACUCAAUUUUAAUUCCAACAGUUAAAAUCGUCCCAAUUAAAUAAAAAAUACACGGUGCAUGUGUUCGGCCAGGCAUCCACACGCGUCCGUGAACUGUUAUGAAUAUUACAAAAGUGAGUGCGCCGAAUUAAUUUGAAACCCGAAAACGUCAGGAUCAGAUAGGCGCAAUGGAGACCGAGGAGCUCAUCAAACUUGUAGACGGCAUUUACAAGAACAUCCUGGAUAAGUUCAACCCGGGCGCCAGGCAAAUGAUCAACGCGGGCAAAGCUUACCUUAAAGCUCUACACGGUGCUGCGGCGGCUUCUAGGAUGUACGUGGACGCAAUCAGUAAACUGGCCCGUCAGGCCCAACAGGGCACCUGGGGCGGAUCAUCCGAUAUCGGUGCCGCAUUAAUGAAAAUCGUGGAGGUUUACAAGGAAAUACAGGAUCAGCAAAUGAAUAUUCUGAAAGCGUUCUACGUCGAUCUCCUCGUACCGCUCGAGACCAAUCUUGAAAAGGACACCAAAGUCGUACAGUCGGAGCAGAAGCGGUUUCUUCAACAGCACAAACAACGAUCCGAGACUUACAGCAAAGCGGCGGCCAUGAUGAAAAAGCAACGAAAGAAGUCCAGGGGUUCGACGAAAACAGGCCUCGCCAUGGACAAGGAACUUAAGAAUAUGCAGGUCCUGGAGGAGGAAAAGACGAAACUGGAUGCAUUCUGCGAACAAAGCUUAAAGAACGCAAUGACCCAGGAACGCCGGCGUUACGGCUUCGUCCUGGAAAGGCAAUGCUCUCUGGCCAAGCAUUAUCUUUCGUAUCAUAGUCAGGGUGCAGCGUCCUACGAACAAAAUCUGGAGAAGUGGUCGGAAGUGGCCAAGACCAGAGAAUAUCUGCCCGAAUCUGUUGAAAAUAUAUUCAGCAAUCGGCUCAGGCAAAUUUCCGUAUGGCAAGACGAGGAUGUUUACUCCAAUCCCAGAAGUCCCAAUUUCGAAGAUGACAGAAUGAGCAUUAACUCACAGUUGAGGAAGACCAAGAGCAUGGACGCUUCCUGUUUGGAUAUACGUUCGAUUGGUGAAGUCGGAUCGCCAGUCAAUACACUGUCCAGAGCCAAGUCCGAAUUUAAUCUCAACUCUUCCACACAUUCACUCGCUCAAGAUGGUCACACCCCGACACGCCGUCCUAAGUCGAUCGCAGUUCCGCCGCCUCCGGCCUGGGACACUCAACUGGCUCGAGCGCUCUACGCGUAUUUGUCGAGUGGCGAAAAUCAACUCAGCUUCCACGAAGGCGAUUUAAUAGCUCUAAUCGGCGACAGGACGAAGGGCUGGCAAUUCGGCGAGAAUCUGAGGACUCAGUGCAGCGGCUGGUUCCCCCUCGCCUACACCGAGGUCCUUGAUGAUCCUACUAUGUCGCCAUCACAUCGCGUCGACACCGGAGGAUCGCAACAUUUAAACAACUCGUCGUCUGCUAAUCAAGGAGGGAGCGGCAGCAUGAUGUCGCCGGCUGGAUCGGGUGGUACGCCGUCCGGUAACAACACGCUAGAGCACGGCACACCCCGAAUGUUCGGGGACACCCUUCACCUACACAGAUCCUCUAAUAAUGCUAAGCAGAUUCGGCGAGCGAUCGGUUCUAACAACAUUCCGCCACCAGCGCUCCCCGCCCCCGUACCAACCCCGUCGUUGCCCUACCAGAAAGCCGGCAUCACCCAAUCCCAGAGUACCCAGUUCACCAAGACUGGCAUGGACAUUUCCACCUUCCAGUCCCCAUACGCCCAGACUACGAUGAAGACCUCCGCGUCUUCCUUCAACUUCACCACCCCCUCGACCGGCGCCUAUUCCACCCACCCCCAACCAUCGAGGUCGGACAGACCGACCGCGGGUGCGCCUCUGCCAUUGCACCUGCAAACUAAGGGAGGAAAAAUCGGCGGGCCUGUAGGCAAUGUGUCGUUACACAGCAGCAACGAUUCGGGUUUCAGUAAUGAUCCUCCACCACAGCCGGAAAUUGAUUAUUCGGAUGACGACUCCAUUCCCGGGCAGACCAAAUUGCCCGCCAGAUCUAAAAUGACCAGGGAAGUAAACGGCGACACCAGUACGGUGCCCAGAAAGGUGCACGCCCAAGCGAUGAAGCAGUCGCACAGCCACGGCAAUUUGGUGGACAACCGAUUUUACAUGUCUGACGACAACGAUCUAUUAUCCAAGGAAAACAGGAAGCUGGUGAAAAGAACAAAGUCUUUCUGGAAGUUCGGCAAGAACUCCUCAGACAACGAAAUAUUAGAAGGCAUGGCUCUGUGGAGACACAGGGACCUGGUCGAUGUGGAAAACGAGAAAAAGAACGCAAAGAAGAACAGCCAGAGGAGGGUGCGCAAGCCGAGCAGAGAUAAGUCCAACGACUCCGAUCGCACGAUAAACGCUAAACAAAACGGAGACAUAGCUCCACCUAAAAUUGAGAAAAACACGAAAACCAUAGACGUUAAGAGAAACAAGAGUUUCGCAGAGAAACAAAAGCUCUCUUUACCAAAAAGGCGCAACUCCGAUAUAAUCAACGAAGAUUUCGACAACUACGAGAAACACAUGCAAUCAAAUAAAAUUGACGAUCAAUUUUACGACGAUGACGGCGACGGUUUGAUGAUGAAGACCGUGAACAGAAAGAACAUUUUGCAGCAGUACAGCAACGAUUCAUCUGGAGCAGAUUCUGGAAGUGAAUCUGACAUUACCAGCGAUGAUCCAUAUGAUUGUAUAGUCGUGGACGAUCAGCAAGUGAGAAACGAAAACAAGUUCCCGAACGUGGCGGAACUGGGUAAAAAACUCGAGAAGCUCUCCAAGUCUAGCAAAUACUCGCCGAAUAAAGAAAAUAACAUGAACAAUCAGCAAAUCAGGAACAGCAUUCAGGAAAAGAAUAACAUUAACAUGCGUAGCAAUAUCGAUAAGAAACUGAAUUCGGAGAUAGAAAACGAAGAUAUAAUUCAAUACAGGGAUAAAAGACACAGUUUCAAGACCUUUGGCAUCGAAACGAAUAACGAGAACGGGGAAAAGGAACGCAUCGAUAACGAGCGAUAUUAUUCACAGGCCCAUAGUAAAAAGAACAACGAAACGGCACAAGAUAAACGCCGCUACUAUGCCGACUCCAACAAUAAAAUUAACUCGGUCGAAAGACACAAGAGACCCAGUUACGAGAGCAUAGAAAACGAGGGGCAGACCAGGAGCAGGGACAGUAGGAGCCAUCAGAGUAUGAGACGAUCCAACGAGGGCGAGAAGAGGGAUAAGAUGAAGUAUUACGACUCCACCAACGACGAACUGUCGGACGCAGUAGAAAAUAGACAGUUUUUGCCCAGGACCAAGCUCACAAAAACAAACAGUAACAACUCUAAAUACGAGCAAGACAUUGGUUUGAUGGAAUAUGGGGAGACUUUGCAGAAGAGGUUGAAAAAUCCGGAAUACGGAGCCAAGUAUGAUGAGAGGUCGCCCCACAAUGGCAACAUGUACGGCCCUUGGUAUGACCUUUGGGGCUUGGACUCAUCAGUCAGAAAGUAGAUGAAUCUGGACGUACCUAUUUAUUUCGUAUUUAUUCCUACCAGGUGUUGGAGAAUAUUUUCGACUAACAAACAAAAUUGUUUUGCUUACAUAUCAUUUCAGAUAGUAUUAUGUUAGACUGCCUUAGAAAUUUACUAAAAAAACAGAAAAUGCUCAAAUAUAUAAUGCUCAGAACGAGAAUGGAAAAAGUUGUGAGGAGAUGAAAUAAAGCUUCAAACUGUUUUAUUAACAAACGCAUGUAUGAUCGUUGUUUAAUAAUAUUCGGCUUAAUUUUUGUGCAUGUUGAGUUAAAAUUAAUCCAGUUUUAUUGGAUUUUAAUAAAUUAAUUAUCUUGUUCAUUGCAUGUUUUAUUCAUGGUGUUGGUUCUUUUCAGGUCUAAUAAUUUUGCUACCAUCAAACUGCGAAAGACUAACCCUAGUACCGAUAGGACAACGUCAUUAAUACUAGAGUAAAUUUACCCCUUUUAUCAAAUUCUUUCAAUCCUUAUCGAUGUCAAAUAUUGUAAUGUUAUUUAAGUGGCAAAUAUUUAUUAUUUUUUUAUAUUUGCUAGAAACAUUAAGCUAGUCUAAUUAUUAAAAUAAUUAAGGAAUAUAUCUAUACAUGUUGCAUUAUAAACACUGUAAAUUGUAUAUAAAUGCUCAUAAUAUUUUUUGAUAUUACUGUGUUUUAAUUAGUUUCUACUUACCUUAUAGUUAAUUUACAUACUUGAUAAUUUUCUCUUCCAUUUCUUAAACUUUGUAUAUAGAGAAUUUUUCGGUGGUUGGGCUAGUGCAAUAUAUAUCAACCCUUGAACAAAACAAACUUACUACUGUAUUUGCUUUUGGUUCCAUUAAAAUUUUUAAUCUGUUGUAGCUAAAUUUUGUAUUUUUGUUAACGAAUCUAUAGAGUAAUUAUAUUUGAAGUCUGUGAUAAAUUGAAUUACCUUUAGCUUUUUAGAUGCAACUAUAUUAGUAAGUUUGAUAUACAGUUUUGUAUAUAGGCUCUUGUUUGUAUAUAAAGAAUUAAUCUUAACGCAAUCAAAACAUUUUUGCCCUUAUUUGUUUACUGUCACACAUUUUUAUAUUACGAAAUUUUUUAUAAUACAAUAGGUAUAAUUUAGGUAUUGUACUGUACCGUCCAAAUAUAACCCAAAAGUAACGCAUUUGCGUUAAUUAUGUAAUUGUAAAUUUACUCGCCCCAAAUAUAUACUGGAGGCUUAUAUUCAUGUUGUUUGUGGACAGUUAUCGCCAAUGAAACUGACUGGUAACUGUUAGAAAGAGUAUAAAUUAGCAGCAUUGUACUCAUCUAUGUUUUGUAUAGCUAUAGCAUAAACAUAUUGUUAAGUAUAUUGUAUAUCAUUUUAAUAUAAAUAAAAUUUAAAUUGUUUA